GCGUUACAGGACAUUCCUUAAGUUUAACCAGAAGGAACCCUGCAGGCGCGGAAUGUCCUGGUCCCAUCUUCUUCGUGGUCUCAACACAUCCCUAAGUUAUGGUAUAGCCCUGGUCCCCCAGCUCUGGGCCACUCGCCCCAUGGCCACCCUGAACCAGAUGCACCGCCGGGGCCCUCCGAAGUGGCCACCUACAAAACUGGGUCCCACGGAAGGCCGGCCGCAGCUGAAGGGUGUAGUUCUCCGCACAUUCAUUCGUAAACCCAAAAAGCCCAACUCGGCCAACCGCAAGUGCUGCCGCGUGCGCCUCAGCACAGGCCGCGAGGCGGUCUGCUUCAUCCCCGGAGAGGGCCACACCCUACAGGAGCAUCAUGUCGUGCUUGUGCAGGGCGGCCGUACCCAAGACCUUCCUGGCGUCAAGCUCAAGGUUGUGCGUGGCAAGUAUGACUGUGGCCAUGUGCAGAAGAAGAAGUGACCACCAAGUGCGUGGUGUGCUGGGAUUCAUGCAGAACGAGAACCUUCGUGUCUGGGUUCCUACAAUAUCUUUGGGAAGCCAGGCCAGCUCUCGAAGCAGUCUGUCCUGGUUCAAAUCCUGGCUUUCCCUCUUCCAUCAGGACUAUCAGUCAUAGCCCAUGGAGGUCCUGGGUGCGAAUUAGAAAAGGGUGCCCCUCUGCCAGCACCCUUGGUGUCCAUGUAUAGAGUGUUGGUCAGGAGGCUGUGUCUGCUGGGCCAGUGCACUGUAUUGCCCCCUCACAGGAAGGGCUUGCAAUAAAUACACAGACCCUGUGGUUGUGAUGUUUA